AUGUUUGGUAUCAUGAAGGAAAACGUAGAUGAUCUCCUGACACCCAACCUGUGGCUGGCUCUGCCUUCUGAGUUUCUGGGCACUCUGGUAAUCACCCUCCUGGGAUGUGGCUCAUGGACACCAGUGUCCUUUCCUGAAGGGAAUAUAGUGCGUGUGGCUCUAACGUUCGGGCUGGCCGUGGCGACUGUGGUUCUGGUGUUCCAGCACAUCUCCGGGGCUCACGUCAACCCCGCAGUCACAACGGCGGCCUUGUUCACCCGCAGAGUCAGCAUCAUUAGGGGCGUCUUGUACAUUAUUGCCCAGAUCAUUGGAGGCAUCGUGGGUGCAGGCAUCCUAUACGGACUCUCACCUGGAGGCACAUUGGGUGCAAACGAUCUGUCUCCAGGAGUUAGCUCCGCUCAAGGAUUUGGAGUGGAGCUGAGCAUUACAUUUGUCUAUGUACUGACGGUGUUUGCCUGCCAGGACGACAAGAGAUCAGAUCUCAAGGGAUCAGCCCCUUUGACCAUCGGCCUGGCUGCAGUGGUCUGCCACCUGUUUGCUGUUCCCUACACCCGAGCCGGCAUGAACCCCGCCCGCAGCUUCGGCCCAGCUGUCAUCAUCUCAUCCUGGGAAAACCACUGG